AUGGUGGUGACGAGAAGCCAGGGCGACGCAGCCGACGUAGAGGAACAGAGGCGAUCCCGUGAACGGCAAGAGUCUGACCGCCGUCGGGAGGAAAGACAAAUAAGUCUAGAGAGACUAAGGCGCAUAUCACAAGAGCCGCCUGCCUCACCUCAGACCGAGCAAGCCACGUCAGUGGGAAUAAUGUGUACGCCUUCGACGUCUACGGCGCGCAUUAUGUCGGAAACGGUGACAAAGGUGACGGCAAAGGAUCAGCCACGUGUAAGAUCGCCCGCACAGUCCGUUCGAUCUACCGCCAGCGUAACAACAAGGUUGCGUUUGGCCGAACUGGAGGCUGCAGAAAAGAUGGCAGCUAUCAAGAGAAAAGAGCUCGAAUUGGAGGCCGAGCUUGUAAAGAAGAAACUCGCUUUGGACGUGUCCGCCAUUCAAGACGACGCAGAAAGCGUGCAAGGCGAACAACCCGAAGUAGAUGUCAAUGAAUGGCUAAGGAAGAAUCCACUUAGCUCUCGAGGAGAGACCGGUGAGUCAAGGGAGGAGCCGAGAACGCUGCGCUUCGACCUACCACGAGCGAGAUCACCGACGCCUCCGAGAGCCCCGAGCGACAUGGAGAAAUUGGCAGUCGCACUCGAAAGAAUGGCGAGACCUCGGGUGAGACAAGUAGAUUUACCAACAUUUUCCGGCGCAGUGAACGAGUGGCUUCCUUUUAAAGCCGCCAUGCAAGACACUACGAAAUUGUACAACGUGUCUGCCGCUGAGAACAUUCAGCGACUAAGAAGCGCGCUGAAAGGAGAGGCGCGUGAUGUCGUGGCCGCACUUUUGCAUACGGCCACAGACCCGAGCACUAUUAUGAAGACAUUGGAACAGUGCUUCGGACGGCCAGAAGUGAUUAUUGAUCGUGCCUUGGACGAGUUAAGAAAGACGUCCAAGCCCGGCUCAACGGCGACGGAACUCAACAACUUCGCGAUCAAGAUUCAAAAUGUUAUAUGUGUGUUGCGGAGUAUGGAUCGCCGUGAGUACCUCUAUAAUCCACUUUUGACUCGUGAAGUGUUAGAAAAGUUGAGCCCGCACAUACGAUCACGAUGGUGUGAUUACGCCUAUGAAAAUGAAGGAACGGCUGACCCAGAGAUCGUCGUAUUGUCUCGCUUCCUUAUGCGAGAAGCGGACAGAGCGUUGAAAUAUACGUACGCUCCGUCUGCGGGAACGAGCAGCGCGGCGAAAAGAGAACUCAGACCGGCCAUCGCGAUCAAGAGAAAGGCGAGCAACGUAUACACACUUGAACAAGAAGAAAAACAAGAGUGUCCGGCAUGCAGCGAGGCGCAUGUGUUAACGCAGUGCCCUAAGUACAAAGCACUUAGCGUCGAACAGCGAUGGAACCUGAUCAAAGAAAAGAAGCUGUGUUUUAAGUGUGCGAACAGUACUCAUCGGCGCAUAACAUGCAAAGCCAAGCUGUGCGGUGUGGAACAGUGUCGUCGUCCGCAUCACUCAUCGCUGCAUCAAGCGGAAAAGAAACCGGAAAACACAGAGGUACGUGACAAGGAACAAGUAUUGUCAGUGACGCCGAAAACGAACGUCGGCGCACGCACCGUGCUUCUGAAGAUGUGCCCGGUCGUAGUCGCCGGUCCACGGGGGGAGGUGAGAACGCACGCUCUCCUCGACGAAGGUGCCACGGUGACAUUGAUGGAUGAAGAUCUCGCCGAGAAGAUAGGUGCAGACGGCCCUACACAAGCACUGCACCUAAGCGGCGUUAACAUGGCUCAAAAGGAAAAAGCCAGCAAGUUGGUGACGGUGCGAAUUAGAGGUGUGACAGAAGACGAGCCACACUCAAUACGAGCAAGAACAAUAAAGCACCUGAAACUGCACCAACAGACCAUUCCGGCAGUGCUUAUGAAGUUGAAGCAUUUAAGGGACCUGCCGGAAGAAUUGUGCUAUGAACGAGCGCGCCCAGGCAUCUUAUUGGGCGCGGAUCAUUGGGAGCACAUUGUGUCGCGAGAACUGCGAGUUGGCGGCCGCAACGAACCGGCUGCAUCAAGGACGCUACUCGGCUGGGUGGUGCACGGUACGUUACCACGUAGCGUCAUAACAAAGAAAGAAAACGUGCUUCAUAUAUACGAGCGGGAGCACGACGGACUGCAUAACCUCGUGGAAGAUCACUUCAAAAUAGAAGCGCUCGGCGUCACACCAGAACCGAGAGUGAGUGACGCAGAUCGACGAGCCAUCGCCACAUUGAAGACGUCUAUAAGGAAGAUAGACUGCGGGUACGAAGUCGGCUUGCCGUGGCGACAAGACAACACCGCCAUGCCGCCGAGCUACAACGCGGCACUUCGACGCCUGCGACAAAUCGAGCACAAGAUGGACGCCUCGCCUGAAUUUGCCCGCGAAUAUACUGCACAGGUGAAUAACCUUAUAGAAAAAGGAUACGCAGUGAGGUGCGACGGGUCAGAAUCAUCGAGCCCCGUCUGUUGGUACCUCCCUCACUUCGCGGUGCAGAACCCGAACAAGCCUGGCAAGCAGAGGUUGGUGUUCGACGCAGCGGCGACAAGUCACGGGGUGAGUCUGAACGACCACUUACUGGAAGGCCCUGACAUGUUGAUGUCUCUGCCCGGAAUAAUGUUUCGGUUCCGGGAGAGCGCUGUAGCAGUCACAGCGGACAUACAAGAAAUGUUCCUGCGAAUCAAGAUCCGUGCCGAAGAUCAGUCAGCGCAGCAAUUUCUGUGGCGCGGUAACGACCGAACCAACCCGCCGCAGCGAUUUAAGAUGACCAGCAUGAUCUUCGGUGCAGCGAGUUCACCAUUCAUGGCGCACUUCGUAAGGAAUCACAACGCCAACGUGCAUGCGCAGCUGUAUCCCAGAGCAGCGGAGGCCAUCACCAAAUAUCACUAUAUGGACGACUUGGUGGCCAGCUACGAUACACCCGGAGAAGCGCACGAAGCCAUAGAGGAAACGAAGACGGUGCACGCGGCGGCGGGAUUCACUCUGCGCGGUUGGAACUCGAACGACGAGAGUGUGCUUCGCGACGUGCCCCCAGAGUUGCGCUCGAAUCAGCCCACGCAACUGGGGGGAGAACAUCAACACAGCAAGAUAUUGGGACUGCGGUGGGACCCGGAGCGAGACGAGCUGGGAUUCAACACAGCAAUGAGCCGAGUCCCGAAAGAAGUAAAACGCAAGUGCGCACGCCCACCAAGAGAGAAGCCCUCAGUACAGUCAUGUCGAUCUACGAUCCACUGGGACUUCUCAGCGUGUACACCAUUCGCGCCAAGAUCAUCCUUCAGAACUUAUGGCGCUUAA